AUGACAGAUAAUAUCGCUCACAGUGAAGAUGUCGCAGGGGACCGUGGAUCUCAGUUUGGUCCUACCAAGCGUCGAUCAAAAAAGACUCGCUCAAUCUCAACAGGGCAAAAUUUACAAAAAAUAUGGAUUGCAAAUGGUAAGAAAAAACUUCCUAUAGAGUUCGACAUUGUUGGAAAAUCAUGGCUACCUAUUGGCUCAAUCCAAAAGUUAUAUGCACUAAUUGGUGAUAAAAUUAAUCCCCUGCUACAAGGAUUGCGCUUCUGUCCCGGAAGAGAAACAAAAAAACGUUUUCAAACGAGUGAA